AGCGAGUACCGCGCGCGGAGGUGGGCGUGCCCUCGUGGAAUUUAGAACGUUGCCUCGGCCAAUGGGGCCUCGCGGCCGGGUGGCGGGGCUCCUCAUUGGAGCAGCAGGGAGGCGAGCAGAGGGCCCCCGGAGGGAGCCGCGGAGGUGCAGGUCGAAGAGGCCGGGCUACGCCGUGCCCUGCGUGUGAGCAGCUGCAGCAGCAGAGGCAGCAUCCAGCGGCAGCGCCAGCAGUUCCAGCCGGUUGCUUUACUUUUUGCUUCACCGACAUAGUCAUUAUGCCGAAGAGAAAGUCUCCAGAGAAUGCGGAGGGCAAAGAUGGAUCCAAAGUAACUAAACAGGAGCCCACAAGACGGUCUGCCAGAUUGUCAGCGAAACCUGCUCCACCAAAACCUGAACCCAAACCAAGAAAAACAUCUGUUAAGAAAGAACCUGGAGCAAAGAUUAGCAGAGGUGCUAAAGGGAAGAAGGAGGAAAAGCAGGAAGCUGGAAAGGAAGGUACUGCACCAUCUGAAAAUGGUGAAACUAAAGCUGAAGAGAUCCACAUCUCUCGCUCAACUGUUAAUGUCUCAACCUCCAGAGGUACCCCACCCAGCACACUGUCAGUAAAGGGGCAGAUUGAAACAGGGAGAGUCAAGGGCACAGAAAACUGAAUCUGUAGAUAACAAGGGAGAAUGAAUUGUCAUGAAAAAUUGGGGUUGAUUUUAUGUAUCUCUUGGGACAACUUUUAAAAGCUAUUUUUACCAAGUAUUUUGUAAAUGCUAAUUUUUUAGGACUCUACUAGUUGACAUACAAAAAUAUAUAAGGAUGGACAGUUUACCCUCUCAUAGUCAUGCUUUUUGGAAAUUUACAUCAUCCUCAAGUAAAAUAAAUACCAGUUUAAUAUUGGAAGCUGUGUGUAAGAUUGAUUCAGCAUUCCAUGCACUUGCUUUAAAACUUAGUCCUGUGCAUACUGUGGUGUUUUUACUGUGCAUAUUUGAAAUUUUCAUGCAGUUUUUCUAGAGCAAUAAUCAGUGGUGCUUUUGUACCUAGGUUUUAUGUGAUUUUAAUGAAACAUGGAUAGUUGUGGCCACCUGCUGACUAUUUGUGGUUUAAAAUAAAAGGUUUUCUUGUCUGCAAAA